GGGGGGGGGACACGCAUCGCUGGAUAUUAUAGAGUUUGGCUGGCGGCGUGGCGUAGCGCACAGCGAGAGAAGAAGAGGACCGCUCGACUCCCUGCAACGGCACGCGGUGUAAAAUGGAAGUUAUGAAGAGCGAACAAUGAAGACGCGGACGCACAAAGAGUCGAUGCCCAUGCGCAGUGGGCGAAGGCGGGGGGGCAGUGAGGAAAGAAGGGGUAGACGCCUGCACCCCAGCCCCACUCGUCCCGAACGCACCGACAGACAAACGAGAGGCGGUGGCGAGGAGCUAGCUGGAAGCCGCUUCAAUCGCAGAGCGCAAGGGCACGAUUCAUCAGAGAGCGAGGGGGAGGAACUUGUGUCUCCGCCGAAGAGGCAGAAAGUUCAGGAUUCGGCCGCCACACCAAACCCGCCAACUUCAACACAUUCGACUGACAGCUCAGCUCCUUCCGCGGUCCCGCCUCCGACCGCAGCUGCCAGUCAAUCCCGCGAGAGCGAUAACGAAGAUGGCCAAUCCCAGGGCAGCAGGAGUUCAGUUGUAGGGAGCCUGGCCAAUAGCAGCAGUAGUCUGAGUAGUGGGCGGGACAUAGACCAGGACAAUCGCUCCUCAUCCCCGAGUCUCUCCGCUUCCCCUCUGGGCAGCCUGGACUCCGACUCCGAUGGACCAGACUCACCAAAGCAAGGGGAGCGAGAACGGGAAAAAGGGAAAGAGGGAGGAGCCAGUAAGUCGGCGGGAGAAGAUAGGAGGACAGUGGGGCGAGAGGGGAGAGGGGAGGAGUCCUGUGGAGAUGGAGAAAAGAGGGAUGGGGAUGGAAGAAUAGAGGACUGUCCUUCUCUUAAGCCCUCCUCCACCCCUUGCUCUUCCUCUGCUCUCACUCCCUCGCUCCGGGGGACGGGGGAUUUGGCAAGUGAUGGCAGUGGUGGGAGGAAGUCCUACUUCUCCCUGGACUCCAAGCUGGUGUGUAAGGUGGAGUACGGCGGAGCAGCGGGUGUCGACAGCGCACACAGCGGCAGCCGAAUGAACUCCAAAGCCAACGCACAGUGUGUGACUAAGACCACCAUCUCUGGUGGGGACUAUCCCCAUGGUAACCCCGGCAUUUCACACCCCCUCCCUCCACCGCUGCCCCCCCCACCCGCCCUGAAGCCCCUGGAGCUUGGGGCGCAGAACCUCCCUGCGGAGGUGAAGACAGAGCGAGAGAAGCUGGAGAAGCCAGACAAACUCCUGGACAAGAAUCCGUCCGCGCCUCCUUCUCUGCUGCCGCAGACGGGCCCCCAGCCCCAAUCGCAGCCUCAGAGCCAGCCCUCCCCCCACCCGCACCACUAUAGCUCCACCAGCUGGCAGGGUGGCACAGCAACUGGUUGCCAGGGGAGCUGGGGCUACGCCCGUUACCCAGGCAACCACCACCCACACCAGCCACAGCACCAACCCCCGGUGCAGCAGCAGCAGUUGCCCUCUGUAUACAACCCUCCGUCCUCUCGCCACUCCUCCUCCCACCCCUCUUACCUCCCCCACCCUCACGCCCACCCCCACAGGGAGUACCUUCCCAGGUACGCUGGCGGGGGAGGGGACAGAGAGAGGGGGGCAGCAGGAGAGAGGGAGAGGGGAGUGAGAGGGGAGUGUGGGGGGAGGGAGAUCAACAGGGACUACUCUGCUCCCGGAGGUAACAGCAGUAACAAUAGUGGUGGGGGUAACAGUAAUACUAAUGCCUGUGGUGGGAUGAGUGGGCCCAACGGCAUCCCAGGAAGGGAGUUUGGGGGUCUGUCAGUGGGUCAGAACCGGGAGUUCCAAGGCUCUGGGAGAGAUGGGCCCAACAUGGCUCCGAGAGGAAGAGACUUUGGUCCCGAGUUCAGAGACAGGGAGCGAGAGAGGGAGCGAGAGAGGGAGAGAGAGAGGGAGGGAGGAAGGGAGUUUACUUUGCCAAAUCAAAACCAGAAUAGAGAUUUUGGCCCCAACACCGCUGGAGGGGGGCAUCCCAGAGACAAAGAGGGGGGCAGAUGGGGUGAGUUUGGGGGCCAGACAAGAGAGGUGGGAGGCAGCAACAACCCCAACAACAACUCUGUGCCCCAAGGAAACCCCCCCAGUUCUACCAGCGGGCUACCUGUCACGCCCAUGCUGAACCGAGACCUACCCGCCUCGCCUCAAAGCAACCCAGUUCAUCCCUCUCAUUCUUCCCUACCACCACACCCCCACCCGCAUCCCCCAAACUCAGCCAACCGGGACUACCCCCCAUCCAUGGACCAGGCACAAACCCCCUCCUCGGCAACAGAGCACUUCCACAGAGAAUACCCUCCCGCUGGAGGGAAAGACUUUCCUGCUGGGGCGCCGCCCUCAACUGGCCCAAAUCGAGAGUACCUCAGUCCUCCUGGGAUGAACCCAAACCUGGGACGAGAGUACUCAGGACCUGGGGGACCCCAGCACCCCCACCAAGCACCUCACCCCCACUACCAGUCUGGGCCCAGGGACAGAGACAGAGAGCGAGAGUCUGCUCUCUAUCAAAACCGUGGUGGUCCCAAUCAGCCCCCUGCUCUCUCUCCGUCAUCUUCUUCUGCCCACCACGGACACCCUCCGAAUGCCCCUUAUCCCCCUCCCCCGCCUCCCCCUCCACUUCCCCCGUCUCAAGCCUCCCAUGCUCAGCCGCCUCCAUCAGGUAUGGGAGCUAACGUACGUCCCCCACAUUACCAGCCCUCCAACCAGACUCCGCCGACACCCCUCUCCCCCUUGCCCAGCCCAUCGACCAAUCAGAUGGGAGGCUUUUCAUCUUUUCCUCCAGGCUCCUCCUCUGGGCCAAACAUGCCGCUUCCUGGCUCAGGUGUGUCAUCCACCUGUUCGCCUGGCUGUCGCCCCUCCCCCUUCCAUGGCACUUUGAACAGCCACCCUCCUUUCAGUGGACCCUACCACUCCAAUGGAAACAGUGGCAGUAACAUGGCCAACAGCAAUAGUAGCGGUAGUAUACCCAGCAGCGGCAAUACAAAUGCACUGUCCCUCUCACCUCAGAACAUCUCAAAGGGACCACCAUCUCUUAGUAAUCCUGGCAACAGCAAUAGCACCUCAGCACCCACCACCAGCACUUCACUUCCUGUGGAUGGACAUUCAGAUUCAUCCACAGGCCCGACCCCGACACCUGUUAUCAAGGAGGAGCCAAUGGAGGACAGAGAGGAGAGUGAAAGUCCGCCGCCUAUGCUGAGAAGCCCUUCCCCUGAACCCAAGCCAGUGGACAUCCCCAUCCAUGCCAGCCAAUCAGCACGGUUCCACAGGGUUCUUGACCGCGGCAGCGGGAAUUCCUGUGCCCGCAGCGAUGUCCUCUUUGUCCCGCUGGACGGAUCCAAGCUGUGGAAGAAGAGGAAUGAGGUGAUCGAGAGGGCGCGCAGAGAGGUGGAGCAGAGGGCCAGGGACCUCCGUGAGAAAGAGAGGGAACGGGAGAGGGAACGAGAGCGGGAGAGAGAGCUGGAGAGACACCUACAGCAACAGAAAGACGUCAACAACAGUGUUGCCGUAGGAGGCCGCCAGGGUUCCUCUCUCUUCUUCCCUUCGUCGUCCUCUAUCCUCCUCGACCCUUCAUCCGCCUCCUCUUCCUCUGGGAACCCCGUCUCCCACCCUCACUCUCACCCACAGCACCAUCACGCACACCCGCAUGCUCCUCUUCACCCAUCACACCCUCUCCACCCCUCCCUCUCUCACUCUAUCCCCCACUCCCUACUUCUCCCAGCCAUGGGAGGGGCUUCAGCAGUGGUGGGAGGCCCCCAAGGAGCCCUGGGAAUAGGGUUAGGGGGUCCUUAUCUGGGCCCGGACACCCCAGCACUAAGGACCCUGAGCGAGUAUGCUCGCCCACAUGCCAUGUCUCCCCUCGGGGCAGCCAGCCGAGCCCAGGCGCACCACCCACACGUCCACCAUGGCCACCCACAUGUCCAUCCCUCCUUCUUCCUUCCCCAGUUUCAGAACCAUGCUUUAGCCAACCCACAUCACCUGCCUACUGAUGCUGCCACAGCAGCCGCCAUCUUGGGCUUCUUAUACGGCGGCAGCCUCGAAGGGGGUCCAGGAGUCGGUGGCCACACCGGGAUAGCAGGGGGCCCUGCACCUGGGGGUAUUGGGGGUGCAGGGUUAGGAGGCGUGGGCUUUCCCCACACAAUGGCCGCCCACCGCGAUCGCAUCAAGCCAGGGUUUGAAUUUAAGAGCGAGGAGAGGGUGUACCCGCCUGGGUCCUUGUCUGAUCCAGCUGCGCUCGCCCUCGCUCACUCUCACUCGCAUGCCCACGCUCAUGCUCACGCCCACGCCCAUGCCCACGCGCACUCCCUGCUCCUCGGUGGUGGAGGUGGGGGUGCUAAUGAGGUGUCGCUCUAUGGCACGCCACCUCCCCCAGCUCCCCCCGGCCCCCCACACCUCCAGAACCCCACCCUGGCUCCUGUGAAUAGGCCGCCCAACCCUCCUGCCCCCCAAUCCCUCUCCAACCCACCCCCUUCCUCCCUCCUCCCUCCCUCACUGCCCUCCCACCCCCCAUCUGCACCCACUUCUGCCCCCCCACCCACAGCUGGCCCAACUGCCCCCCCAGCAGCUCCUCCUCCCCCGGCUCCACCCCCCUCCAACCCUGUCUCAUCCCUUCAUCACUCGGUGCCCCAUUCCUCCUUUCCAAGCUCCUUGCCUUCCCAUCCGCCGACCGCGCCUGCACCAGCCGCCCCCCCCGAGACCUACCCUCCUCCCACUCGCUCACCUGCCUCGAGUGAGAGAGAGCGGAGUGGCGACAGAGAACGGGAAAGGGAGAGAGACAGAGCGGGCUUGCCAGCUCCUGGGGAGAGAGAACGGGAGAGGGAGAGGGAGAGAGAACGAGGAGGAAGUGCUGGUGGAGGAGGGACAGGAGGAGGAGGAGGAGGAGGUGGUGGAGGAGGAGGGGGUGGGGGGGAGAAUCUGGGGCGACUCCAGAUGUUAAAUGUGACGCCUCAUCAUCACCAGCACUCACACAUCCAUUCCCACCUCCACCUGCACCAGCAAGACACAGCGGCAGGAGGGGUUCACCCCCUGAUGGACCCAUUGGCGUCGGGGUCUCCUUUGGCACGCCUUCCUUACCCAGGGGCCACACUGGGCACCCCCAUCCUGGCACACCCCCUCACUGACAGCGAGGUGCUCCGGCAACAGCUCUUCGGUGAGGAGAAGGCUCCUCGUCCAUGUGCUCCCUUCCGCGAACUGCCCCAGCCAUCCUCCCUUACCGGUCCCAUGUCAGCAGCCCACCAGCUCCAGGCCAUGCAGCAGGCCCAAAGCGCCGAGCUGCAGAUCCAGAGACUGGCCCUGGAACAGCAGUGGAUCCACCACCAUCACCACCACUCCCUCACCCAGGAUGAGUACUACAGUCACUUGAAGAAAGAGAGCGACAAAACCCUGUGAGGGAGGGGGGAGGGGGGACAAGAUGGAGAGGUCCACGGAGGAAAAAUUAAAAAAGG